UGGUUUUUGCCCACUAUUUCUACCACAUCUCCUUCUACCUUUCAUAUCCACUUCCUAGAUUCUAUCGAUUUUCAGAUUCUCUGAUCCAAUCUCAUUCAUUCAUGAUACAUAUUGGUUGCUGAAGGUUUUGUAAUUUGGUGGAUUUUGAAACAAUGAAGAAGAAUCGAAGAGGUAUGAUUUGCUUACACUCGAUUAGUUUACAAGCUAUGACCGCCAUGGAUUAGAAUUUCUUCCACUCCGGAUCUGUGGAAACGACGUUGACUAAAGAGAAAAAGGGGAUAAUGAUGAAGAGAUCAGUGCGUCCGAUAUUCAGUUUAGUGUUUCUUGUUGCCGCUGCCGCCACUCUCUGCUUUCGAAUCAUGGUUUCCGGCGGCGGAGAAGUGUUUUCGCCGAAAAACGUGGGCGAAGCAGCUCAGAAGCCUUCUCCGGUCUUUAAUGCAACAUUAUUGAGGUUUGCUGCGGUUGAUUUAGCUGAAGAUUCGUUGAGGCAAGAUGUCGAACAGUUGGUGAAUGGUAAUUUCCGAGGUUCGGAGAGCGGUCGCCAUCGUUCAUUUCUGUGGUCAGGGCGAUACCGUCUAGAUAUUCGAGCUAGGUCUGCUAAGGGUGUUCCAGUACAGCUCAGGUCACCGGAUUUCUACCGGCUCUGGUUGGAUUUCCGGCGAUAUUUGCAGACCUGGUGGCGCAACCACCGGUUCCAUCCUGAUGUAAUGUCAGAUAUGGUGAAUGUUGUUAAGAUUCUGAAGACCGGUGUAAACGACACUGAUUUGAAGUCAGGGAUGAAGUAUAAAACCUGUGCUGUAGUGGGUAAUAGUGGGAUCUUGCUGAAAACCGAUCUUGGUGAUGUGAUUGAUGGCCAUGAGUUCGUUAUCCGAUUAAACAACGCAAGAACCCGUGGGUUUGAACGCAAUGUGGGUUCGAAGACGAGCCUUUCAUUCGUGAACAGCAACAUUCUACACAUAUGUGCGCGAAGAGAAGGUUGUUUUUGUCACCCAUAUGGAGAAAAAGUGCCUAUAAUGAUGUACAUGUGUCAAAUGAUCCAUUUUCUUGAUUAUGUGGUCUGUAAUUCUUCGCGUAAGGUGCCAUUGAUGAUCACAGACCCACAAUUUGAUGUGUUAUGUGCGCGAAUUGUGAAGUAUUAUUCGGUUUCAAGGUUUUUGAAAGAGACCGACAAGCCAUUAGAGGCAUGGGCUGGUUCUCAUGAUGGAUCUAACUUCCAUUAUUCUUCAGGUAUGCAGGCUGUUAUGCUUGCUAUUGGGAUAUGUGAUAAAGUUAGCAUUUUUGGGUUUGGGAAAUCGGAGUCGUCUAAGCAUCAUUAUCACACUAAUCAGAAAGGGGAGCUUCAUUUGCACGAUUAUCAAGCGGAAUACGAUUUGUAUCAGGAUCUGGUGGAGAGACCUGAUGCAAUACCGUUCAUUUCAGAUAAGUUCAAGUUCCCUCCUGUUGUUAUACAUAGAUGACACGUCUCCAUACACGUUACAAGUAGUUUGCGUUUAUUGAAUUAGUUGUCUGUUUUUUGUGAAAUUGUGAUUGUAAGUGUCCCUUAGGGAAUCAAUGAUACCAGCAAAAGAAUGGUAAUUGAAUACAAGAUGUAGAAGUAACAGUGAAUUUGAAGAAAUUCAUGUUUCUUGUGAUUUGGAUCUA